UUAUAGACUUCGUUUUGACCGGCAGGAAACCCACUCUUCCAAAACUCCGCCUUUUUAUGCGGAGUCCAACCAUCCCCUCUCUCUAUAUCUCUGUAUCUCUCUCCUCCCCUCUCUCUUAAAAUCAUAAUGACCGCUCAGCUGCUGCGGUCGCCGCCGGUGAACCGGAGACUGUCGUUUUUGGGGAAGAAGAAGGACCACCGAGUAGGGGAGGUGGCGGGGCGGACCACGGCGGACUUGGCGGCGGUGUGCUGCUGCUGCCCUUGCACGGUCAUGAAUCUGGUGGUUUUGGCUGUGUAUAAGGUUCCCAUUGGUUUGUGUCGAAAAGCUUUGAAGAAGAAGAAGAAGAAGGAGAGAGAGAGGCUGAUCAAGCAAAAGAAUGCUAUGUUUACACAGCCCAAUAAGAUUGUGCACACUCCUGGAUUCGAUGAUGAUGAUUGGGACCGCCAUCGAUUUCAAUCGGACGCUCAGGAGGUUUCCUGCAAGGAUCCCACCGUCGCCGUCGAUUUCGACAUGGAGAUGAGUAACCGGUUUUAUGGUGCCGGGUUUUGGAGGAGUCCGUCUCAGAGGGAAGUGUAACUGUACCAACCGUAAAAUUGUCACAACCGGACGAUAUAUAUGGAGAGAGUCAGAUUGCCUCGUCUGCAAGGAAUUUCCAAAGGAAAUCAUGGUUUGGGACAUAUCUUGCGAUUGUAUCUGUGCGUGACUUUCUUAGAUAUUUGGAUCAACAUAUACACAAAUGUCAAAUGAUGAGUUCA